UAUUGUAUUCAGGUGUAUCCGCACACAAGUUCUUUGAACUUUGGUGAGUUUACAGGUUGAUUUCUAAUGUGUGAAUUUUGAUAUUUUCUGGAAGAGUUUACAAGUCUGUGAAAAAAGACUAGAUUUUCUGAAGUUUCCAAAAUGUCGAAAAAACAUUAUUACAAAGUCGGAAGUAUUUUAAUAACCGUGAUUCUGACAUUUUCUUCCGCAACUCAGUCAGAACAAGAGAGUUCGAGUAGUCAUGUCGCAAAUUCGGCCGCAUUGCAGGAAAGACACCGUUUCGAAAGCCUUCUCGCUGCUGGAAGAAUGCUUUCCUUUCCGUACGCAACAGGGCUUAUUUUGACUGCGGUUUCAUCCCAAAGAGAAAAUUGGAAUGUUUCUCUCCAAGGAAUGGACAAAAUAUUGGAUUUGUCACCUGCCCAGCUUUGCUCGACGUACAAGGACACGAUGGAGCUAAUCAAACAAGAUGACAAUGUCACAACAUCCAGCAAUUUGUAUCUGCUACAAAACCAGAAAAGCGAUCCAACUCUGGCCGACAGACUGGAUAAAUUACAAAUUGCUGUAAACAGACUGAAAUGGGAGGAAGACCACUUCAACGCGAGUUGGGAUCUGAUGAAUAACAAUUUAAAUGAAAAGACGAACAAUUUAUUGGACGCGAAACUCAUUCCCAGAGAUUCUCCGGUGGGAAAUCCGUUCCGGUUUUCAACCCAAGCCAUCAUGCUAACUACAUUCCACUACAGGAACUAUUGGAAAAAUGCGUGGGUUUCUGGAGGGUUUGGAAAGUUUGGGGAUGCUGAAAAUGUUCCUUUUCUCCAGGCUGAGGGCAAUUUCCUAUAUGCAGAUGCAGACGACUAUUACGCCAUCAGCGUUCCGCUUCAGGGCGAUGAGAAGUCAAUGGUGUUCAUCAUGCCAAAAAUCAACCUCACCCAAUAUCUUCGCCACGUCAAGAGGAAAGUAUUAGCGAGCCGAAUAAGGGGUGGUGACGAGGAAGAAGAUUUCGUCCCAUUUCCAAGACGCUGGGAAAAACGAGAUUUAUCCAUCCACCUCCCAUCAUUCAGCCUGACGAAUACUGAUCAGUAUGGGAAAGAGCUGGAUGAGUUGGGAAUGAACCAGACAUUUUGUACUACUUUGCGUGACAGGAGUGGAACGAUUCCUUUCUAUUUGAGGCCUAUUGUUUCUAUCAAUGUCGUGAAUAUUACGACGGACCACGUGGAGAUUGCGUCUGCAACGGGAACUGCACUGGAAAAGUUUUAUCUUGGUAUUGAUUUGGGUGGGGUCGGGUAUCCGAAAUCUGUUAAAGAAUUUGAAGGUCAACCGAAUCCCUCCAUAUUCAAGGACAAAUUAAAAUCAUCCCAAAACGGAGAUGAGUCCAGUGUUGGGCCAAUUUCCGGUGGUGGCGAAACAAAUCUCGAUAAUAGCGCAACAACUGACAAGGAAGACUUUCUUGAUGCAAUAACAACCACUCCGAGUGGUGAUGCGGCUUUGUCGGGAGAAAAGAUCGUGUUCAACAGGCCAUUUCUCUGGUAUUUAAACGAUUCCAAGCUUGGCCCAUUAUUUUUCGGAGUCGUCGAGCAGACAGAAACGGAAUCUGAUCCAGACCCAGAUGAAAAUUCCAGAUUUUCAGAGGAAACGCAGAGAUACUUGCUGUGGAGUUGUCGGAGUUUCAAACAGUCUGGAGAAAUCGGUAAAUAAAUAAUGCCGACGGUAUGCGUUUCUUCAAUGAAAACUGUGUUGCACAAUAUUUUGAGUGAGAAAAUAAUCAUUUUCAUGUAUGAAAAUGCAUUUUGGUUGGUUGCGGAUCUUCUAAUGAAUGAAAACCUCGUUUCAAUAUUUAAUUAAUGUGGUCACAAUUGGUAAUGAAAUAAAUGCUUUAGUUACAUGCACACAUCAAA